AAUUUGUCUGUUUGCGGUGUUCACUGAUUUUCAGAAGAAUGCCACAUUUAGAUCACAGUGUGAGAUUGGACUUUAAAGAUGUUUUAAUUCGUCCUAAGCGAAGUACAAUUCGAAGCCGAGCUGAUGUAAGUAUAACGAUGCAGUACAAUCGAACUUAACGUGAACGUGCAUAGAAUCGAAGUUAUUUAGUACACCCAUGCUAGUUGUGGACAGUCCCUAGAAUUUCAAGCGAAUGAUUGUAGAUCCAUCACUGCUCAGAAAAGUUAGCCGAUCGUGUUUUUUAACGCGCGAUAAAUGUGUUUUUACCGAGAUCUUCAUGUGUUCAUUAAAAUUGCUUUGAUGUUUGGGCCGACUGUACAGUAUUAGGAUAUAUCGCUUUACAGGUUGAACUUUGCAGACAUUUCAACUUUAAGUAUGCAAAGAAGAGACUUCCUGAUGACAUCAUUCCCAUUAUAAGUGCUAAUAUGGAUACCAUUGGUACAUUUGAAAUGGCCAUGGCUUUAGCAGAGGUAAACAUAUCAUUGUUACAAAAAUAAGGAGUCUUGAUAAUCUUAUGCAUCACCGACCAAACGUCAGGCCCCAGUUGUUCGAAAGGUGGUUAACAUUUUCCACUGGAUAAAUAACUAUCCACUGGAUAGCGCAGUUGAUUGUCGUAAUACUUAUCCUCUGGAUAGCAAUUUAUCUGGUGGAUAGUGCUAUCCAGCUUUCAAACAACUGGGGCCAGGUCAAGAUGGCUGGAUAUUGGCCAAGUUAAGUCCCAUCAGAGAAUGCAAAAAUUACCCAAUAGCCAAUCAGAACAUAUUACUGGCCUCAGCUUGCCCACUCUUGGAGCCAUUCAUAUGACUCUCAUGAUAAAUAGAUUUCUUGAGUUAUAAAUAAGCUGUAAAAAGUUGGGGUGGGAUUUAAUCUAGGUUAGGAGGGGGUGUGUCACUAUGGCCAGAAGUGGUUAAUUCAUUCACCAUACACCGUCAUGAUUUAGGGUGUUUGUGUUUUGAAUGUUCUGCAGGCAGUUUGAGCCUUUGCAUCAUGUUCAGUAAAUUGCUCCUCCUGAUACUUAACAAUGAUUCUUUGAAAUCGAGGUAAAUAGUGGCUUAAUAUUUAUCGAGGCGCAAAGCGGCAAGGUAAAUAUUCCUAAAGCCACUAUUCACCAAGAUUAUAAAGAAUAAUUGUUUUAGUAUAUACACACAAAGUGAUCUCAACAAAAUCAGAGAGGAAACCGUUAAAAAUUAUGAUUGAUUGAUGGAUCAAAUCACGCAAAAGUUUAAAAAUAGAUCUUUGCAGAAUUUUCAAACAUGGCGAGUUACAAGUUUAUCACUUCGCAAACGACAGCGUAAUGGCUUAAAUGGAACUGUUAAAGGUUUGAAUUGUUUCCUUACCUGAGAAGAAAAGUAGAGCUUUGUUGUUUUCUGUUGACCCACCAAGUUUAUAGCCAAAAAGGUUUGUUGUGUCGUUCUUCGCAUAAAGUGCUGACAAAAACGGUGGCUCGGUUGCCCGAGGUAAGACUCAGGUAAGACGUCUUCCUGUACCAUUCUUUUUCCUAUUUACUUGAAACAUAGAAUUUUUGCAAACAUUUGCUUUCAAAUUUGUUUGUCAUAAAUAAACUUCAAUUUUUGGGCCAAAUCUUCUUUGAGUUCACAAAACGGCUUCUUCUACGCAAAUAAACGGGAGUUGUAAACAAUCCUUCUUGCACAAAACACAGCUACAGUAAAUGAAAAAUGCCAUUUUGAAUCCUUUCAAGUCUUUUCUUGCCUUAAAAAAAGUCAACCCUAGGAUUUUGUCGACUUUUAAAAGAUCGUUCUCUAAAAAAGUGGGAAAAACACCGAGCUCACUCAUUAUCCACUCGCUGGGAGAUGAAUAUUGUUAAAUAGUCCGAGAUAGUGAACCAAUCAGAUUGCUUAAAUCACCAAGAUCACUGAGUGUGUACAUACUAAUCCUGAAUGUAUAACGCCAUUCCCUAACGAUUCAAGAUUCAUUCAAGAUCAAGAUAUACAGGCUAUUAAGAAAGAAAAAAAAUAUCUGAGCUCUUUCAAGUUGUUGUUGGCAGUACAGUAGGAGUAUAAUGUUCAAUGUUCUUCCCUGUUUCAAUAAAUGUCAUGCUUAAUAGGGAUGUCCAGUAAGAUCUGAGGAUAGUACCGGCAGUGAAAAAGUUGCUCAAAAAGUGAAUUCACAUUCUUUCAGUCUUUAUCGCAAAUAUUCAAACUCACUUACUUAGAGCCGAAUUGUUGGCAACUCUCUCGCAGUUGAAUUCUAAGGACCACAUCCGAGUUCAGAAAGAGAAAGCAAAGCUUGCCAUGGCUUGUUUCAUAUUUGACAAAAUGUGAAAUGGGACAUUUUCACUUUGUAAUCUAGCAGUGAAGGCAAAGAAAUGUCAAAAAAAGUACUGCACAUGUAGAGCUGUUUUGAGUUUUAAACCUAUGGCUCUUUUGAGGUUCUCAUUGCCAUCACCUUGGUCUGAUCUUAAGUUCUCUAUUUGUUUAACACUGAAUUUUUAGCACAAGCUUCUAACAGCAAUUCACAAGCAUUACACUGUGGAAGAAUGGCAAGAGUUUGCUAAAGACCACCCAGAUGUAUUACCGGUAACUUGUUUUUUUUAUUUUAUGACGUCUAGAUAUUUUGUCAGGCUUAGCUGAUUAUCUCUAGAAGCAUAUAAUAAGUUGUUCGAAAUUUGAAUGAUGCUUUGCAGUCAUCCACUAGACAGUCAUUAAAUCAGUGUAUAGCACUGUCCACUGUCUGGGGCCUGGGCAUCAAGUUUGAAUGUUAAAUUCAACUUUUCCAGGUAGAUGUGAUUGGUAUUAAGUUAAGCAAUGUUAAAAAAUGUUCAUUUUCAGUUUCAUCACUUAUUUCUUUGCUAAUAAAUUUCAGUUACUUGUGUUAAGUGUUGUAAUGCCCGCCAUCUUUGCACUCGCUUAAGGACUGAUGGGGUAAAAGCGAUGUCACAUGGAUUCUUAGGAGGUAAACAAGUGAUAAAUUUUUCCAAUACAAGAAAUGGUCGUUGAGUUUGUUUAUUCUUGACAACAGAAAAUGAACGACUUUUCAUAUUAAAGACGAUAAUGGCAAAUUAUGGGUGGAAGAAAUAAUUUUUUUUUGGAUGCAGCAGUGACCGUAGAUGUCCUCACAGAAAGCAAUAAUGACAUUAAUUUUGUUGAAACUCAAACUUUACAUUUUGCAUGACCAUUAAAUCAUCAUUUCGUUUUGAGAGAAUAAACAAACUCGACUGCAAUUUCUUGCAUUGGCAAAUUUUAUCCUUUGUUUGCCCCUAAAUACUAUGUGACAUGGCUUUUAUCCCAUCCAUCCUAAAGCGCGUGCAAAGAUGGUGGGUAUCAUGAAUAAGGUCUAUUUGAAGCAUCAAUAUAAAAAUGCUGCAUUGAAUUCACAGUAUGUGAUUGCUAGCUGUGGGAUGAUGGAUGAAGACGUCGCUAGAUUAAAGCAGAUCCUUGAUGCUUGCCCUGCUGUGCCUGCAAUCUGUCUGGAUGUGGCCAACGGUUAUUCUGAGCACUUUGUAGAAUUUGUCAAAAAUGUGCGGAGCAAAUUCCCAGAGCACAUUAUCAUGGUAUUGAAUAAAUUAAAUUUGAAUGCUUAGUAUUUUUUGCAAUCAACUGAAUUCUCUAAUUCCUCAUUUUGAGGCCACUUAUUUUUUGCAUACUUCUCAGUGACUUCUGCCCUUUAUUUGUUGUGUGCAAUGAAAAUAUUGAAAUACCAGCAUUAACAGACCUUUAACAACCAUAUUGCUUGAUGGCGGCUGGAUGCCAGGAGAAUCCAAGGGCUUCUUCUUUUUGUAGCCAGUUCCUAGACUGAAUAAUGCCCCCUUGACUUGCACAACCCUGUAACCUAACCAUGAGCCCCACGUAAAAAAAAAAAAAGGCACCAGCCUCACUGAAAUGUCAUUGGAAAAGGAAAGGCAAGUUGAGGGGGUGGACAGGAGGUGGGGAAGAAAACUUGCUGUAUAAAGCUCUGGCAAACACUGCUUGUAGAAACUACACACACUGCCAAAAUUAGCAUGAUCGAUAUGGUAAUUUUAUUAUAGUGGACUACUGAGCAUGUGCUUACAAAAUACUUCUGACCACUAGAACUGAGUGAUGGUACUCUUUGUUGCUUACUCCUUUUUACAUUUGAUUUAAAAUGUCUUUCAAUGCAGAUCCAAAUUUGCAUUAUAGGAAACAUGUUUCUUCUUUUUGUCAUGAUAUUAUUGGGCGGUUAUAUAUUGUUUUGUCAGUGUCUGACAUGUUUUUUUUUUUUUUUUUUUUUUUUUUUCAUUUACCGUAGGCAGGAAAUGUUGUUACAGGUGAGAUGGUGGAACAGCUGAUCCUUAAUGGAGCUGAUGUUGUCAAAGUUGGUAUCGGCCCAGGUUAGUACUGUGGUGUAUUUACCCCAUCUUAAUUGCCAACUGUGUUGAGAAUGCCAAGAUACAGUAAUAUUGUGAUUUCAGUAUUCUACUCUACAUACUGCUUGGGCUUGCUGUAGAUCAGAUUUACGACAGUUCUUAAUGUGUCAGUCAACGUGUUUGGUAAUGUUUUGGUGUGUGUCUUGUUGUUUGAUCAGGGUCUGUCUGUACCACGCGUCGUCAGACUGGUGUAGGAUAUCCACAACUUAGUGCAGUAUUAGAAUGUGCUGAUGCUGCCCAUGGACUCAAGGGACAUAUUAUUUCUGUAUGUACAGUAUAAUGCCUUUUUCAUGUUACCUGAGGUUACUUUAACCAUUGCAGUAGUAAUGAAAUAUAGUCGAAACUCUCCUUGUGACCGCUCUCCCAAAAGACCAGCUCUAGUUAUGACCACAUUUGUGAAACCCCAUUUGAACAGUGACUUUACAUAAACUUUGUAAUAAAAAGCUCUCGUAAGCAACUGCUUCCGUAUGUGUCUGUGACCACUUUUGGAAUUACCCAACUGAACUUUUGUUUUGUAUUUAAGCUCUUGUAAGCAUCACUCAGAGUCUUUUUCAUAAAAAUCAAUUGCCUAAGAAAUUACACGUAAAGUUAUAACCUUGUCUAUAUCAGAUAUAAAGAUACUCAUUAAGCAUUUAUUUCUUCGUUUUAACGUGUUUUUUCAUUAUGAAUUAUUAAUGAGUUCCUGAAGCUCUCGUAAGCAACCACCUUCUUUUGUUUUACCAUGCCAUCAAUUUCAAGAGCUCAUUUUCUUGUAAGCGACCAGCUCUAGCUACAACCAUGUUUUUUGAAUUUCCGAGGUGGUUGCUUAUGAGAGUUUCAACUGUAAUCUGUACUGUUGCAAUAACAUUGCAAUUGUGAAUAAUGGUUUUAUCAUUGUUGAUUUCACCUGGAAGUGAGAUAUAAUUUAUGCAGAAACUCCACUGGCUGUCAUUUUGAACUCAGACCAUGUUCUGGCAACAACUUUUACAAAACAAAGCAGUGUCAGUGAAGUCCAUUUCUGCUUUCAUGGGUCUACAAUCCAUGUCUGUUAAUACUUGAUUUCAAAAGAAAUGGCAAAUGAUGAAGAAAGGAUAUGCCUCUUUAAUGCAAGAAAAGUGAUUUACAAAAGAUUAUUUGAAAACAAUAGAGUAACCAGGGCUAGAAAAAGUCCUUUGCGGUAGUCCAGGACUAGUAGAUUUUCUUGCUGGGCAAUCAACUGUUGAUAGCUCACCUGCUCAAUGGGCAAAUUAGAGGCCAGUCAAGCCAUAUGAUAGUAACUAAGACAAGGAAAUAAUGGUCCUGGGAAAGGCGGAUAAUGUGAGAGCUACUUGCCCAAGCAACAAGUCUUUAAAUUCCAUUUUUUUAGUAGUGUAAAAAAUUGCUAUCUGUAAAUUUAUGAAAGUGAAGCUGUCUGCACGUAGUACAGGGUAUUAUUAUUUAUUAAAUUUAAUGCAUUACUAUUGAUACACUAUCACACAAUCCAUUGGUAGUUUAAUGUAUUGUUAAAUGCCUAAUUUUGAGGGGGUAGGGAAUGGCCUAAUUGGCAUUCUGUCUCUAUUAUACAUAAAACACCUCUGUCAAUGGAUAAGUGACAUUCUCCUGUUAGAAUCAAAGUGUAAACAUAGGCCAGGGUAAUUUUAGAUGUGUCUUGUAGGAUGGUGGAUGCACUUGUCCUGGUGAUGUGUCUAAAGCUUUUGGUAAGAACUCUGUUCAAUGUGAUGACAUUCCACUGUACAGAUAAUUUCGAAUACGAAGACUGAAGCAUGAAGCACCCAAAUCUCGAAAACGAAGCACCUAAAAACUCGAAAAUGAAGACCUCUAGAUCGAAAAUGAAGCACCCAAAACUCGAAAAUGAAGCACCCGAAAACUCGAAACCGGAAAUUGAUUUUCCUUUUGUUGUAGUUGAAAUUUUGUAUGAUUUUUAAUGCGUUGCUUACACGUUGUUGUAGUUGAAAAAUAUUAUUGUUUGUUAGAUGCCAUUUGAUUUUUUUUAUGCUUUUUAUCUAUUUCAACCGGUGCGCCGCCUCACUGAAUAAUAAAAAACGCAGCACUAAUGAGGACAAGUUUUAAGAGUGAGACUUGUUUUUUAACACUUUCACCACUGAUCACGUUGCCUUUUCACACCUGCAAUUUUUUAAAUUAUUGCGCAAGUUAGCUCACUCUCGCAGAGUCUCGUGUCAGGAUGCGCUGAGUAGAGCUUUGAUUAUGGAGUUGAAAGUGCCUCUUGUCAAACCAAGAGCAACUGUUGAUUGCUCUGGACUACCGGUUUACGACUUUUCAAAAUUGUUUACAAAGAGGAGAUAGGAAACGGUGCGUAUGGAGCAGUUUUCACAGCUGACUACCCUUUCAGUGGUAUCAACAACAAGGGUCAAGAGUUUCGAGUUUUGGAUUCUUCGUUUUCAAGAUUUAGGGGUCUUCAUUUUCAAGUUUUGGGUGCUUCGUUUGCGAGUUUAGGGUGCUUCGUUUUUGAAUUUUGGGUGCUUCGUUUUCAAGAUUUUGGUGCUCCGUGCUUCAGUCUUCGUUUUCGAGUGCUUCGUUUUCAAAACUACCCCACUGUACAUGUAUCUGCAUAAAUCGUAACUGGUAGAAUGGAAAUGUGUGUAGUGCUGUAUGUUGUAGAAUUAUCAUAUGAUUUGUGAGUAGACGAGUUUUGUACUGUUAUUGUGGAAACCUUGGGUGAAAGUUAUCAUAAGCAUUAAAGCUGAUUUCAAAGCAAUCAUUUUUCAGAGGUAGUGUAAAUAUUUGGCAAAGGUACUGACCUGACAAAUGGGAAACUAGAAUAUUUUCCACUAUUUGUGAGCCUUAUUACGAAAGGAGAUAAUUUUCUUAUCACUACUUAAAGAGCUGAAAAACACUAACAUUUUCCCUGAGUCAAAAGCCCCACAUCCAAACAUUUGGUUUUAUAUUCAAUGUACUAUGUGGUGAGUAAUUAAUGUUCUGAAAUUAUGAUAAUUUGAUUGGCACUGCAGUUCAUAAUUUGUCAUUAAUUAUAAACCAUACUGGUAGCAGAGUCUUUCUUUCACUUGUUUGAUACUGGUGUACAUGCGAAAGAUGCUGCAUGAAGUGGAGUAAGAUCUUUGUUGAGCAUGUGCUGGUUGCUGCUGGGAUACAGUUGUGAACCCAGGCCUAAUGGUACAACUGUGUAAGUUAUCACCAUCAGUUUAUCAAUUUUCGGUUGCUUGCACUUGAGAAACCAGUUCCAUAAUAGAGAGCAAGAUCGAGUAGUCCAGAAUUUCAGGCUUUGGUAACUUCAAAGGCUCAACAUGCUUCGCUGCAGGGGUUUCAUUAAGGGCCAAUGGCUGGGCACCGAGCAAAUUGACCAGCUGCUUAACCCUUUUUUAAUACAACAAACAAUCAAAGAUAGUUUUAAGUAAAUGAUGAGUCUUCUCAAGCGAAAAACAUAUUUCACAUGCGGCAUGAAAUCAGUAAAUCCCCUUGUUUGUUACAUGCUAAAAACAAUAAUCACCCCAUAAUGCAUUGCAAAAGAGGUGUACUCCACAAAAGAUCAUCUGAAAUAUCUCAAUAAGAUUGUGACCUAAUUUGUGUGGUGGAUAUUGGUAUCAAAUCAUGAUUAAAUUGUUUAGAAAAUUUAUCUUUUUUGUUAGUUGAAAGGCAUUGUCUGCAGCUUCAGAAUGCAGGAAACUCUAGAAUCUCAAAAUUGUCGAGGGGAGCACCCCUGGCCCUUCCUAUUGGGGAAGACCCAAAGUGCCUUUCCAAUUCUUUGCCUGUGUGUCAAACCCAGUUGCCCUCCUUUUCAAACCCUUAAUGAAACCCCUGCUUCAGGCAAAUCUCUUUUUAUCCUCACUCAAACGGAUAAAAAAGAGGCUGGGCAUAAAUUGAAAUGAUUUUAUUCUUAAGGUGCUGGUGCUGACUUUGUGAUGAUGGGAGGAAUGUUUGCUGGUCAUGAUCAAUCUGGUAAGAUUACAACAGACAGUUACUAUGGCCACCUGUUAUGUGUUUUGGCAGUGAGAAUAUUGUUACAAUAUAGGGAUAUUGUACAUUGCGUUUAAUCCCCUGAGAGGGUAGCUUGGAGUGAAAGUGACAGGGAUGAUCAAAGGAUUUUUGUGGGGUUGGAAUUUUCAGGGUGCCUUGAUUUAAGUAGAGAUUUUGUUAGGUAUUCAAAACAAUCUGAAGGUUAGUGUAGCACUGUUCGCAUAUACUGGCUACAUAAAUAUUGACCGGGGGGAGUUAAUCAAUGCACAACUUUUAUUAACAUGUACUUCUUUAUUAACUUGUACAGGUGGGGAGUUAAUAGAGCGAGAUGGGAAAAAAUACAAGAUAUUUUAUGGCAUGAGUUCAACAACAGCCAUGAAAAGGCAUGCUGGGGGAGUAGCUAAUUACAGGUUUGUUUUGUUCCCUAAAGCAUUUAACGUAAUAGCUCACUUUUGCUUAAGGAUAUAAUUUGUAUUUUAUCUGCUUCUGUUGUCUGAAGAGUGCCUCAUUUUAAUAAAAAGUUUUAGUUGAAGAGAUUACAAAUGCAAGUUGAUUACAGUUUGAUACACUUUUGAUGAAAGCAUAGUUUUUGAUUAUCAUUGUUUGCAGGGCUCAAAAUAACGGCCGGUCAACGGACAAUGUCCGGCCUGAUCGUGGGCUUGACCGGUCAAACUCUCGUCUGGCCGGUCAUUUUGACCGGUCAUUUUUGGAUGCGAACAUUUUAUAAUAUUUUCCAUAUAGUUGUCGCUUAAUGCGUUUUGCUCUAUAACGCUGUAAUUCGCUGCUAUCUUUGGCUUUUUUUGCUGCUUUGCACUAAACCCUUUAACGAAAAACGUUCUGCUUUGCUGUGAUCAGUAUUGGGAAAACAUACGCUAACGAUAAUCCGUUAUUUUUUAGAAAACUAAAGGGUGACUGACAGUUUUUGUCCAUCAAACGUUUCACAUCUACUUGUAAGAGGAUUGUGAAAAUCACCUUCGACGGAAUUCGGGCUGAUCAAUCGCUCGUCCUGUACUGCUUCUCCGGGAAUAAAUUUCAGCGCAUCGAUUAAUUAUAAUAAUUUCUUUAUGUCGAACGUGAUCUCGUUUGAGGACUCGAUUCCAGAAUUGUGUGAUAAAAACUAAGCUAAUCGAGAACGAACGUCGCCUAUCUCGGCGCUUAAAAUCCUCCUUCUUGAUAAGCCGUUUGCGAUAAAGUGUUGCGCGACGACCCAAACGAAAGCUUUGCUGUAUAUUUAUUGACUUCUGAUGACGAAUACGCUGUUUGUGGAACAAAUUUCUCGCCAAAUCAACUUCUUUGCCGGAAAUAUUUAGCGACGAAAUUCUUCUUUGUGGAGGAGACUUUCAAUCACGUGCCGGGCAACGAAAAGAAUCAAGUUUGACCGAUAUGCAGAUAUAGGACGAACCUUGGAGACUUCCGACACCGCCGUACGAUGAAACUCAAGGUAUAUAUAAACGGACAUGAAAACGGGCGAAAAUCGCGGAAAGGAACCCAACAACGUGUGAAUGAAUUUUUCACCAACUUGCCGGCAAAAACCUGAAUAGCGUGUUCCAGGUUCCGAGAUAGUGGUGAAAAGUCGUUCAGUAAAAGGAAAUGCGAAAAAAUUUAAUACGUCCUCACUAUAUUAUCUGAGAGCCUGGCACAGGCUAAAACCUGAACGACAAUGCCGUACAACGAUCUACUGCCAGCGUAAUUUGAUAUUCCAUGGGCAAAAAAAAAUUAUAAUAUUCAUUAAUUUGACCGGCCAAAAUCGGGGUUUGUCCGGGCUGAAAAAUAUUUGGCCGGUCAUCAUGACCGGCGACCUGCUGUCCGUUAUUUUGAGCCUUGGUUUGGCCAGUUUAAAUUUCUUAAUUAGCUGACAACAUUGUCUUACUUUAUUGACUUCCUGCAAGUAGAUUUCAGUACGACUCAAUUAAACUUGUAUACUUAUUUCCAGGUCUUCAGAAGGCAAGACUGUUGAGGUGCCAUAUCGUGGUGAUGUUCAUGACACUGUGAAAGAUAUCCUUGGUGGAGUGCGUUCAACAUGUACAUAUGUUGGAGCUGAGAAACUGAAGGAGCUUCCAAGAAGAACUACCUUCAUUCGUGUUACUAUGCAGCUCAACAAUGUCUUUUCAUAGAAUGUUGACAUUGUUCGAAGCAGUUUUGAAUUGGGUACUUUUGACUAUAACUAUAACGAUGAUUUACUCUUUUUGAUACCCUGUGAACAGUGGUUUCACCAGGCUG